GACCGAAUUUAAAUGAUAAAAUUCGUUGAAUGUUAUAUUGAUAGCCUUAUUAUACUACUGAUAAUUAAAAAAAUAAAUAAUUUAUUUACCUCUCUAUCAAUAUAACGCGAAAAGAUGGCGGUGCAAAGAAAGAAAGACGGUACCCCGAAUACGAAAUUCUUCGAAUCCGUUGAAACUAUUGCACAGUUUGACUCUGUUCGAACAUGGCUUCACAAAAACUGCAAAAAGUACACUCAAGCGGACCCACCAACCAAUAAAAGCUUAUCAAGUUUGGUGCUGCAGCUUUUGCAGUUCCAGGAAGAAGCAUUUGGCAAAUCAGUCAGCAAUCCACCAUUAACAAAGUUGCCUAUGAAAUGUUUCCUGGACUUUAAACCGUGUGGUGCACUUUGUCAAAUUCUUGCUGCUGUUUUCAAGUUCAAAACAGACCAAGGAUGGAGGAGAAUGGACUUCCAGUCCCCGUCUCGUAUGGACCGCAACGUAGAGAUGUUCAUGCAGAUAAUGAAGUCCCUGCAGACCAACAAGUGCCAUGUGCAGCCCAACAUCUGCAUCAAGUCGACACUGGACAAGCCCCUGAUCUCGCGGCUACGAGACAUCAUCAAGAGACACCAGGGGCUGAUCACUGACAAUGAGGACGAGGCUACACAUAUCAUCCAUGGAAUGCCUUCUGCAGCCAGUACAGAGGAGGAAUGGUGUCGCCCAGUGUUGAAAAGGGACAGACAUGCCCUUGUUCACUUCUGGUACACUCCAGACAGCUAUGACACAUGGAUGCCAGAUUUGGGCUGUGAGCAGGAACCAGAGCCUGCAUGGUCCCAGUCAGGAGCGUGGGAGGUGACUGCUAGGUGGCUGCUGGACCUGGAGGAAUACAAUGAGUGGAUGAACGAGGAGGACUACCUAGCUGAGGAAGAGGUGUGUCUUGUCGUUGAGAAGUCCCGAGUCCGCUACGAAACAAAGAAGAUUAAGAAGAAGUUUCCAACCAAAUACACCAUGGAUGAUUUGACUGGAGAUGAGCGCAGUAAGAAGAAGAAACGCAAGAGGUCGCCCUCUCCAGUCCAGGAGAAGAAGUCAAAACGUAAAGGGAGCCGUCAGUCGAUGGCGGGGUCCUCAGUGAAGAAGGGGCGGAGAGAUGACGAGGAAGAGGAUCUGACAGCUGACAUGGAGGACCCCACACCAGAACCCAACAUACAGGAGGUCCCUCUGUCCAAAACUGCACCCCGUAGCAGCAAAGACAGUGAGUUGCAGCCCCUGAAGGGAGGCACCGUGGUAGACAUGGAGGAGGAGCAGGCACAGCAGGCGGGUGAAGGCGGUCACACAGAUGAGCCCACUGAUGCUGGUGAGACCAAGGGUGACAAGGAUGAAGUAGAGGACUCGGUGACAGAGCAGACCCACCACAUCAUCAUCCCAAGCUACGCCUCCUGGUUUGACUACAAUGGCAUAAACGCCAUCGAGAGGAGGGCACUGCCCGAGUUCUUCAACGGCAAGAACAAGUCCAAGUCACCUGAAGUGUAUUUGGCGUACCGUAACUUCAUGCUGGACACCUACCGUCUCAACCCUAUGGAGUAUCUGACCAGUACCGCCUGUAGGAGGAACUUGGCUGGAGAUGUCUGUGCAAUCAUGAGAGUGCAUGCGUUCCUGGAGCAGUGGGGCCUGGUGAACUACCAGGUGGACUCUGAGAGUCGCCCCACAGGCAUGGGUCCCCCACCAACCUCCCACUUCCACAUCCUGGCAGACACACCAUCCGGGCUGCAACCUGUCAACCCACCCAGGGUCAACCAGCCCUCUGCAGCCAAACAGAUUGUGAAUUUUGAUGAAGGAAAAGAUGGUGAUUACAAAAAAGAUAUUCCAAACUUUGGUUUGCGCACAGAUAUCUAUGGCAAAAAGAACAAGGACAAAGGCUCUGCAACGCGUACACGAGACUGGACCGACCAGGAGACGCUGCUGCUCCUGGAGGCCCUGGAGAUGUACAAGGACGACUGGAACAAGGUGUCCGAACACGUGGGGUCCCGCACACAGGACGAAUGCAUACUGCAGUUCCUCAGGCUGCCCAUAGAGGACCCGUAUCUGGAGGAAGACAUGGGACACCUGGGCCCACUGACGUACCAACCGCUGCCAUUCUCCCAGGCAGGUAAUCCUGUCAUGUCUACUGUGGCCUUCCUUGCCUCCACAGUGGACCCACGUGUGGCCAGCUCAGCAGCCAAGGCAGCUCUCGAAACCUUUUCCAAGAUGAAAGAUGAGGUGCCUCCAGGGUUGAUUGAUGCCCAUGUGAAGACAGUUGAGAAGGCUAUUGCAGAGGGGCAGGAUGUUGGACCAGAGUUCGGCCUUGAGCAGACUGGGAUUGCAGGGACAGCACCAGAUGAGGAUGGUAGGCUUGUACAGUACAGACCUCUCUUAGGACAUGGUGCAGGGACAGCACCAGAUGAGGAUGGUAGGCUUGUACAGUACAGACCUCUCAUAGGACAUGGUGCAGGGACAGCACCAGAUGAGGAUGGGGAGAAGAAAGAAGAAGACAAAGAUAAGCCUGACGGAGAGGUGAAGUCUGAGGGGGAUACUUCUGAAGUCAAGAAAGAACCGAUGGAGACAGAGGAUGGAGAGAAGAAAGAUGACAGUGCCAAGGAGACUGACAAGACAGAGGAAGCUAAACAGGGAGACAAGGGAGAGGAUGGUAAAGCAGGAGACAAGGCUGAAGGUGAAGUCAGCAAGGAAGGGGAGGGCAAGGAGGUGGUACGCCGUAUUGAUGACAAAGACAAGGGAAACAUCGCAACUGCAGCAGCAGCUGCCCUCUCUGCAGCAGCUGUGAAAGCUAAGCAUCUGGCUGCGGUGGAGGAGCGUAAGAUCAAGAGCCUGGUGGCCCUGCUAGUGGAGACUCAGAUGAAGAAACUGGAGAUCAAACUACGCCACUUUGAUGAGCUUGAGGCCAUCAUGGACAGGGAGAGAGAGGCACUGGAGCUACAGAGACAGCAGCUGCUGCAAGAGCGCCAGCAGUUCCACAUGGAGCAGGUCCGGGCUGCCGAGUACCGGGCCAGGCAGAUAGCCAUGCAGCAGCUCUCCACCGAGCCGAAACAUGCACCACAGCUUGGCGCCGGAGAUGGUACAGGCGUGACUCUUGCUCCGGUCAUAACCACCACGUCUCUAGGCCAGCCCUACCCCACUUCUGGGUCACCAAUGACUCCCAUGGGCCCCUCGGCUCAGCAGGGGUCACCGGCCCCACACUCUUCACACCUCCCCAAGGUUGACAUGUCACAAGGGGACGGGGACUCCAAUGCCUCAGAGCCCAUGGACACACAACUCCCGCCCUCCUCUGCAGUACCAGCCACCUAGGUACUCACAUAGCAACGGUUGCCUUGUGUGAAAGGGACACAACUCUGUCUAAUGUUACAUGUCAAGGGACAGCAUCUACAGUGGGGCUUAUAAACCAAGGGAACUGUUCAUGUUGUGAAUGCAUUGUUCAGGAAUGUAAAGUAGAUUUCAAGAAUAUGUUUCCUUGAUUAUGGAAUAUUUGUUUUAGAAACAUUGUGCUGAAAUUUUUGGUUAACAAUAAUGUAUUUACCGCUUGGGAUUUUAGUGAGAUAACAAAUACAUACAAAAUUAUAAGCAUUUUGUAUUUGUAUUAAUGCAUGUGUUCAUUUAUUCGUAGAAUAGGCUUUUUCCAAUAUCUGUUUUGUCUUUUCUUUACAACUGGUAACUACUGUAUUGUCUGAAUGAAAGAUCUAUUUACAUGCAGGUGCAUUGAAGAAUAUUUACCACCUGGUAAGAAAUAAAGUUAGUUUUAGAAUCCAAAAUUCUUUGUUGUAAAUGCCUUAUUAUUUAAUCAUUUCUUGGGCUUAGUGUGAAAAGUUCAGAGAUUUUUAUC